ACAACCUCUCUCCCUUCUACCACUACUUUCUUCUUCCACCUCUAUUGGCCUGUCAUGUCCGACGUGGAGGACGACACGAUGUUGAACAGUGGCGACGUCCUUGAAGACAACGAGCAGCACCAGGAAACCAGGCCACCGAAAAGUCGAAGACGCGACUAUGAUGAGGAAGAAGAGGAAGAAGAUGAAGAAGAUGAGGAGGAGGAAGAAGAGGACGAUGAGGAUGAGGGCACCAAGCGUGGUUCAAAGCGGGCCAAGCAUCGGCACAAACGCCCUGCAGUCAAUCGUUUCCUCGAUGUGGAGGCCGAAGUUGAUGAAGAUGAGGACGAGGAUGAAGACGAGGAUGAAUAUGUUCGCGACGAGUUCAUCGCGGAUGCCGGUAUUGAGGGCGAGGAGGAUUAUGACGCUGUUCGUCGAACCGCUGACCAUGCGCGUUAUGACCGCCGUGUCCGGGAGAUGGACGACCGUGACCUGGAGCAGGUGGCUGAAGACAUCAGCCAACGAUACAGGCGGACAGCCGUACGGUAUACCGGAGAGAUGAGCGACGUCCCGCAACGGCUGCUGAUGCCGUCAGUGCAUGAUGCGAAUUUGUGGCAAGUGCGAGUCAGGCCCGGCAAAGAACGCGAUAUCGUCUUUAGCCUCAUGCGGAAAGCUCUUGACUUGUCCUUCAGCAACCACCCCUUGCAGAUAUUGUCCGCGUUCCAGCGAGAUUCAUUACCAGGAAUGAUCUACGUCGAGGCACGAAGCGCGAAGCAGGUCAGUGAGGCUAUCAACGGUCUCGUCGGCAUCUUCCCUAGUCGCGGCAUCGUCCUCGUCCCUAUCGAAGAAAUGGCUAGCCUCUUGCAAAUCAAGCAACAAGAGCUAACUGUCACGCCUGGAAGCUGGGUGCGCAUCAAACGCGGCAAGUACCAAGGCGACCUCGCGCAGGUUAUGGACAUCACAGAGAACGGAGAAGAAGUCGGACUGAAAUUCAUCCCACGCAUCGAUCUAAACCCCAAGGACGACUCUGCACUCGAUGGCAAGAAGCGGAAAAAGGCUGGUGCUGGCCUGUCUUCCUUCAGCAUGCGUCCGCCACAACGAUUUUUCAACUAUGAGGAGGUGGUCAAGGUCUACGGGCGCAAGUCGGUCGCGAAGCGUAACCAGGUCUACGUAUUUCAGAACGACACCUACAAGGAUGGCUUUCUCGAGAAGGACUUCCGCCUCACUGCGCUCCAGCUGGACGAUGUCAAUCCCACACUCGACGAGAUCACACGCUUUACGCGAGGUCAAGACGGCACCGAGAACGAGGCGAACGUCGACUUGUCUAUCAUAGCAGAAGCCUCUCGCAAAGCGGCUAUCUCAGUAUUGCAGCCCGGUGAUCACGUCGAGGUCUUUGAGGGUGAGCAAUCUGGCGUCCACGGGACUGUACACAGCAUCGAACAGGAUGUCGUCACAAUCGAGCCCGAGGGCGUCGACUUCGACGGUCAACGAGUGCAGAUUCCUGCUCGUAGCGUCCGGAAGCGGUUCAAGCCGGGAGACCAUGUGAAGGUAAUGACGGGCAAGAACGCAGAUGAGACGGGUCUGGUCGUUUCAGUUCUGGACAACGUCGUUACCUUCCUUUCAGACAUGACAAUGCAAGAAGUCUCAGUUUUCUCGAAGGAUCUUCGUGAAGCAGCCGAGGUCGGCACAGGAACGAACAUCGUUGGCAACUACGAGUUGCACGAUCUCGUUCAAAUAGAUCAGCAGACCGUUGGGGUCAUCUUCAAGACCGAGCGCGAUUCGUUCCGUGUCCUGGACCAGAACGGGCAAGUGCGUCUCGUCCAACCACACCAGAUCACUAUGCGUCGCGACUCGAAUCGUGCCAUCGCCAUGGACUCGGAAGGACACGAGUUACGUGCCGGCGACAACGUCAAGGAGGUCGAUGGCGAACAACGGAAAGGUCGAGUUUUGCAUACACAUCAGUCGUUCUUUGCCUUCCUACAUAACCGCGACAUCGCCGAGAAUGGUGGCGUUUUCGUCACUCGUGCGCGAUCGCUCGCGUCACUUGCACCAAAAGGCAACGUCAUGAAGCUGGGUGGUACGGACCUUUCGAAGAUGAACCCGGCUCUGAGUGGCGGCGCUGGAGGUAUGGUCGGCUCCGGUAUGAUGGGCCGGGGGCCUAGAGACCGCCUUAUCGGGGUAUCGGUUACCGUCAUCAAGGGCCCCAAUAAGGGAUACGUUGGUACUGUCAAGGAUACCAAUGGCCCCCAUGCUCGUGUUGAGCUUCUCACUGGCAACAAAGUCAUCACCAUCGACAAGGAGAAGCUGCGGCGCCGGAAUCCUGACGGCUCACUGGAAGCUCUCGAAAGGCCCAUGGCCAAUAUGGCCCCGCCACGUGCCCCUGGAUUUGGUGGCGGCCAAACCCCAAACCCGUACAAUCAAGGCGGCGCUGCUGGUGGACGAACACCGGGUUGGGGUGCCAAUGGGCGCACCCCGAAUCCGUACAACGACAGUCGUACCCCUGCAUGGUCUGCAAACUCUCGUACACCGAAUCCAUAUGCGGAGCAUGGGAAGACGCCAGCAUGGGACGCAACAGCACGGACGCCGAAUCCGUACAACCAGGGUGCUGGUGGCAAGACUCCUGCUUGGAACACUUCCUCGCGCACUCCCAAUCCAUACGCAAAUGGAGCCAACAAUGGCGCAGCGUCUGUUUGGGGUGGCGCCACUCCCGGACGGCCCGGAGGGGGGUUCGACAGUUGGGAUCCGCGGGCUGCGCCGACGCCGUAUGCUGCAGCGUUUACGCCGGGAGCACCUACCCCGGCACCCUACGCGUCCAUCCAAACUCCUGGUGUGUACGAGUAUCAAACUCCGGCACAGACCGGCAGCUACCCUCAGACACCCGGAGUCAUGGGCGGUGGCAGCUAUGGAAUGACAGAGUCGCCGUUCGACAUCUCGCCCAAGUGGUUGUUGGAUCCGGAGCUCGCCGACAAGGUCAGAGGAAUUAUGGUUGAAGUACGUGGCACCUUCGGCAGCGCCGGUUGGCAUAAUGGCGACCACGAAGGCAAGCAAGGCAUCGUCCUUUCGAUCCUCGACACGCAGAACGAGUCCUUCACGUCGACUGCGCGCGUGCGAUUCCUGGAACCCGUCAACCCCUUACAACCCAUCCUCACUGUCCCAGUGGAGUACCUCUGGCCGGUGCACCCCGAGUCCCGGGGCGAAGACGUUCUCAUCUUGGCUGGUCUACAAGGCAAAGGCCAAGAAGCGAGGGUAGAGGCGAUCGAGUCACGGGACUUGAUGGUCCUCACCACUAAGGCCACGUUCCUUGUCAUCGACAGCCCUCCGAACAGGCUAGUGCGCAUCAAGCAGGUCGACGAGGUAGGGAACUUCACCCGAUGAUGACGUCUCGCACGUUUGGUUAUCCUUGUCCCUUCGCUGUUCACGGUGUGGAUGUUGCACGUCGUAUAGUAACUUACAUUUUGCUGUGUUGUAUGAGUCACACACCAUGUAUCAUAUGCCGAACUCUAUGCUCAUUGCAUGGCAUCUAUGAGCC